UGUUGUUCAGAUAAAUCACGCUCCACUAUCAGGCCCCCCGCCACAGCUCGCCCUCGCUACUACAUAUGUGUGAGCACAAGUACCUUAGAAUGUCUUGGCGCACUUGGCAGAUUACGGCGUAACAGACGACAGCAUAGGACGGAGUAAAAGUAUGGACACUGAUACUACCUGUGGACACGUUGACAUCACAGAAAUGUUCGGAUUUGAUUUUUGCUGCAGAAUUUGAUCAUCUUAAAAUUCAUUGGGAUAUUUAUUUAUAUUUAUAUUUAUAUUUAUAUUUAAAACUUUUGUUUACGUGCUUGCUGCAAAUGGCUAACGGACAGAGAAUUGCGAUCGUUGUAUUAUUUCCAUGCAUAUUAGCAAGUAUGUCCGCCAUGCAGGUGCGCGUAUCUGUCGUCCAGCAUCCAUCACUUGUACCGGCGUUGCUAGGCAACCAGGUGCAGCUGCUGUGUGAGGCAAUGGCCAGCCAGCCCAUGGACGUGCUGAACAUUGCCUGGAUGUACAACACAGCCUCCAAUAUUGUGCAGACCAGUCAGAAGUAUACCUUGUUCCGUGACCCUCAAAUGGGCUUCUGGUCUGCCGUCAAUUUGACCCUAACCAUCAACAACCUUCAGCCUUCAGAUAUGGGGAACUACAGCUGCCUGGCUUGGAACUCUGAUGGGAGGUUAAGUGGAGAGACCUUGCUUCUGGAGACAGAUGGUGGAAAUGGUGUAAAUAUUGAGCACCUUACGCCAGAGAUCACCACAACAACAGCCAUCAUGACCACCACCCAGCAAACCACCACAGAGCUCAAUGAGAGACCAAUGGAGAACAAACACAGUGGACAGAUGGGGCUGAACGCUUUGCCUGUCAUCUACCUGGUCACAGCCAGCUGGUUAACAUGGAUAUCCUAUGGAUGAGAUGUGCAGCUUUACACUUGUAGUUUCUUCAGUUCAGGGAUUUCCUAUAAUCAUUUUCUUUAUUUUCCAUAAGUUUACAAACAUAUAUUAACUGGCUGCAUUGGAAAUUACAUGCUGAUUAAUGCAGUGGUCAAUAAAAUGUGAUAUCUUCACCUUUGUUUGACUAACCUUGUAAUACAAAGGUUUUUGUACUUCACAGUCUGUUAACGCAACGAACCUUAAGUCAGACCAUCAGACUUGGAUUAGGGCGAGUCAAAGUACCACUCUAUGAUAAAGUUAACAGCCCCACAAUCUCUGGGGAAUCAUGGACACAAAUAUGCCACCAGAACAGAAUGAGGAAAAUGACAUUAUUUCUGUUCUUUUAACAUAAGAAAUUAAAUCCUGAUGCUCUCUGGUUAGGACAGUGUGUACGUCAAGUUUUGAAUCACAAGAAAACCUUGGAACAGAGUGCAAAUUUCAGCAACCUAGAACUGGGGAUCACCACCACCACAUCAAUACGGGAUAUGGACAAUGACAACAACACUGUAUAAAAUAAUAUAAUUUCAUUGACUUUUGAAAUUAAUGUUCAACUAAGAUAACUUUCUUCACCACUGUGCUAGAACUGCUCAAAGAGGACCAAAAAAGAAGAGUGAGAGAGAGUGAAAAAUGAAAAAAAAAAGAGAAAACUAGUUAUUUAAGCAUAUAACCAAGAAUGGUAAAUCACAACUAACUACCUCAGGGUAGUGAGGGGGACACUAUAUAAAGAAAGUUAACAUUAGGAAAGAAAAGUCUCAGUGUCCCCUAGCUACCUAUAUAUUUGGAAUCAACAGAGGAAAAUAUAAGGAAAUGCUACAGUUG